GGCACCCCUUUAUUUCCCCGUCGGAGAAUCAUCGGCAGGAACUUCACCACCGUAAAUCGCCGUCACCAAUCGGAGGUCGGAACUGAAUUAAUGGAGCGAGAAGUGUUAGAAGCAGAACUAGUACUUCCAACUCACAUGAAAUUUAAGAAGAUUCAGAUGUACGACAAGUACCCUAAAGGACAAGCUAGAGGACGGCACUGGAAGCAUCUCAAGCAGAUUAUACAAGCAGAAAAUUACGAAAAUUAUCCUCCUCAACUACCUACUUAUGUUAACAUUGAAACGCCACCUUCUAUGCAUCCAGGCAAAAAGAUAUGCGACAUAACAGGAUUCGAGGCACCAUAUUUUGACCCAAGAACUAAACUCCGUUAUGCUAAUACUGAGGUUUUCAAGGCAAUAAGGUCUCUCCCUAAUGACUAUGUUCAGAGGUACUUGGCUCUCAGAAAUGCAGCUGUUGUUUUGAGAUAGGUGCAGAACGCAGAAUAGAUAGUUGUAAAUUAAUGUGGGAAGUAAUGGACGUUUGAAGUUGCCGUUUCUGAAUGCUCAGGUGCAUAACUGUACUUUGACUUGUACUAAGAGAAUAAAUC